AUUUGUUUUUGAUAAGUAAUCUCAAACACCCCUUUCAUCUCUACAAAUUAUUACACUACCCACUACCCAAAUCUAAAACCCUAAUUUCCCCUCCACCGUUCUCCGCCGUACCAAAUCCGUUCACGAUGACAUCUAUGAUGCAACCACAGAUCAUUCUGCUAAAAGAAGGUACGGACACUUCGCAAGGGAAACCACAGCUAGUAAGCAACAUCAAUGCGUGUAUGGCGGUUGCUGACGUCGUCCGUACAACCCUAGGUCCUCGAGGUAUGGAUAAAUUGAUCCAUGAUGACAAAGGUAACACUACUAUUUCUAACGAUGGAGCUACGAUCAUGAAGCUUCUGGAUAUUGUUCAUCCUGCUGCUAAGUUGCUUGUUGAUAUUGCAAAAUCACAGGAUUCGGAGGUUGGCGAUGGGACCACUACUGUAGUUCUCCUUGCCGGUGAGUUCUUGAGAGAGGCCAAACCAUUCAUUGAAGACGGUGUUCAUCCUCAAAAUCUGAUACGAAGUUAUCGAGCUGCUUCGAAUAUGGCAAUUGAGAAGGUUAAAGAGUUAGCUGUAAGCAUAGAGGGAAAAAGUUUAGACGAGAAACGAAGCUUAUUAGCUAAAUGUGCUGCUACAACGCUCUCAUCAAAGCUAAUAGGCGGAGAGAAAGACUUCUUUGCAAAAAUGGUCGUGGAUGCUGUCAUUGCAAUCGGAAAUGAUGAUAGAUUGAACAUGAUUGGAAUUAAAAAGGUUCCUGGUGGUACGAUGCGGGAUUCUUUUCUCGUGAACGGUGUUGCAUUUAAAAAGACCUUUUCUUAUGCUGGGUUCGAGCAGCAACCCAAGAAGUUUCAUAACCCGAAGAUAUUACUGUUGAACAUAGAGCUGGAACUAAAGUCAGAAAAAGAAAAUGCUGAGAUAAGACUUUCAGAUCCGUUGCAAUAUCAGUCGAUAGUUGAUGCAGAAUGGAAUAUCAUAUACGAUAAGCUGGAUAAGUGCGUAAAGAGUGGUGCCAAAAUUGUUUUGUCGCGUCUAGCUAUUGGUGAUCUGGCAACACAGUAUUUCGCAGACCGUGAUAUUUUUUGUGCUGGUAGAGUUGCUGAAGAUGACCUGCAUCGUGUUGCAGCUGCAACUGGGGGUACUGUACAGACAUCAGUCAACAACGUUAUAGAUGAGGUUCUUGGGACUUGUGACGUUUUUGAGGAAAAACAAGUUGGAAAUGAACGGUUCAACAUAUUUAGUGGAUGUCCUUCAGGCCAGACAGCCACGAUUGUUCUUCGAGGUGGAGCCGAUCAGUUUAUUGAGGAAGCUGAGCGCAGUUUACAUGAUGCAAUUAUGAUUGUGAGGAGGGCAAUGAAGAAUUCCACAGUGGUUGCUGGUGGCGGUGCAAUAGAUAUGGAGAUAAGCCGGUACCUGUGGCAACACGCGCGCAAUAUAGCUGGGAAGUCGCAGCUUUUCAUAAACGCUUUUGCUAAAGCACUUGAGGUUAUUCCACGUCAGCUUUGUGAUAAUGCUGGAUUCGAUGCAACUGAUGUACUAAACAAACUGAGGCAAAAACACGCGCUUCCUUCUGGUGAAGGCUCUCUUUACGGAGUGGAUAUUAACACAGGUGGAAUUUGUGAUUCAUUUGCCAAUUUUGUGUGGGAGCCUGCGUUGGUGAAGAUAAAUGCUAUAAAUGCUGCAACAGAGGCAGCAUGCCUUGUCUUAAGUGUCGAUGAAACAGUGAAGAACCCAAAGUCGGAGAGUGCACAAGGAGAUGCUGCUGGUAUGGGUAGAGGCCGUGGUGGUGGCAUGCGUGGAAGAGGGAUGCGCAGGCGUUAAACAUUUUUUUGGUAUUUAAAAGUUUUUCAACCUACUACUACUGCUUUGCUGGUUCAUUUCAAACAAAUCUGUAGUUAGUUGAAGGAAUUCAAAGUUACUUUUUGUAGAAAUAAUUUUGGUUAAAUUUAGCAUUUGUGUCACGCAUCAGAAAUUUUGUUGGGUUUUGAAAAAGAUUUAUUGGCUGCUCGUUUGUCUAUA